GCAUGUGCGUGCACGUGUGCGUGCGUGUGUGCGCACGUGUGCGUGCGUGUGCAUGCACGUGUGUGUGUGUGUUAGGAGUGAGUGGAGGCAAGUGGUUUUCAUGAGUUGACAUUAUGUUAGUGUGUGAGCAAGUUAACAUUUAUGAAGGGAUUCUAGAAAAACCUGUUAGCCGAACUUGUACUUUGCAUAUGGGCUAACACACUUUCUCAACUUAUCAGUUACCAGACACAAAUUUCAGUAUUUCCUUUUAAUUUUUUCCAUAAGCAGCAUCAUCAGCCUCCCUUGGUAGGAGUCUAGUCAUGGCCCCCGCCACCUACCUUCCCUCAGUGGCCACCCAUCAAACCCGAGUAGUCACCUUACUUCCAAGGAGGCUUCCACCAUCUACCAUCACCAGGACUACUGCUGCCACUCUUCCCGAGCCUCUCUUACGGGUCCACACGCUACGGGAAAAAUAUUACGCUUAUAACUCCGAUCUCUUUCCCUUAGGCGUUGAGACGAGCGAGGAGAGUGAUGGCAGUGAUACAGAGGACCUUUGUGGAAGUCAACAAGGCUGGCUGGACCCCAAUGAUGGACCUUAUGAGAGAUACCAAAAUUGGGUGAACAAUGCUAGUGAGUUGAGUGGCAGACAGCAGAGUUGGGUGGACCCAACAGCUACAGCAUUAUCACAGUUGUCAGGUGGCACUAGCUGUCAGCGUUCCAUUACCCUCUCAGUUGCCCUGGCAUCACAUAGAAGACAAGUUACAGCAUCUCGUGUGCGUACAGAAGUGCGUUCGUGGGAGGUUGAAAGGCGGUGUCCCCUCACACAAACCCUGGUAGAUGCUGCACGCACACACCCACGCCUCGCUGCAGAUGCUUGCUGCCUCUACCGCAAUUCACAACAUAGCCAAGAAUCUCCAAAAAUAAAGUCUAGGUUUAGAUCAUCGGUGCUGAUGCGACGUGAGUGUGUGUACAAUGAUGGUGAGGGUGGAGAGUGUAGAGAGCUCUCCUUACCUGGAACUAGGCACUGCUUACGUCAUAUCAUGUAUAAUGUGGAUCAGCAGUUGUUCACUCACUGCACUGCACGACACCCAGACAACACAUUGUGUCGGGUACCUGUAUUUGAUGUCUCCCAUGAGCUUCCACUGUGUUCGCACCAUAGCAAAACACAGGAAAAUAAUGUUAAAACAGCAUUGGAUGAAAUUCCGAAGCCCAAAAGAUCUCGGAAAAAGAACAAAAUGCCAAUUUUAUCAAGAUAUGGCAAACGAAACAAAAAACGGCGGAGAUCUUCCAAUUCUACGUGUUCAGUGAUUCCAUCUACCAGUGUACGACCUCCCAUGGCCAGUCAGUCAUCUCUUUCUUCCCCACAGCCUUCACCCACAACACCACAAACAUCCCCACAUUUCUCAACAGCUUCAUGUACAGAUUCUGUGGCUGAAGCAGAAGAAAGUGAACUGGAUGAUGACAUGGAAGGUAUGGCAAUGGGCCUGGAUGCAGCAUCUCGCCUGUUAGAUCCUCGUGACCUCCAAGAUGUACUGAACCGUAUCCCAGAUCACGAGUUAACUCAGCUCUUUGAUGCUCCAGAGGGUAAAACAGGAGAGUUUGAAAAUACUGCAGAUGACAAGGGAGAGAUAGAUACAGAUCGAGGUGAUGACGAUGAACAUUCUGUCAGUUCUCCAACUCAAGCUCAUAGUCCGCCGUGUACAACUCCAACUGUUGCUGCCACCACCACUGCCUCAUCUACACCUCCAUUAACUGAAGAAGGCACGACUUUAAGUUUGGAUGAGUCCACUUUAAAUGAGCUUGUUGCUGGCAACAUCCCGAUAGACUCUAUUAUCUCUUCCUCAUUCAAUCAACAAGAGCUGAAUACUAUAUCACAGGCUUUGUCCAACAUUGUACAGGAAAAUAAUAUAAAUCUUGCAGGCUUUGACCUCAGUGGAGGCAAUUCCUUUUCUGCCUCAGAAGCAGGCGGGUCUGGCCCAGUGGGAGAUGUUAGUGAUAAUUCACUCAUGUCACAGGCUAGUGAUGGAGUAGGUCAAGCAGAUUUUAGUGAAUCUGGACGUUUAGUAUCAGAUUGUAAAGUUAAUUUAUUAAGCCAACGUCCUGGAAUUAUUGGAGACACUGCCACACUCUCCCCUUUAAAGUAAUUAUAUGCUGGCAUUACUCAUCAUUAUAGGCAUCCCCAUCAGUUGCCAGAUGGAAUACAGAAAAAAGUAGAGUGAGUUCAUACAAUAUGGAUAGGUUGCCUUGAUCAGUGUUUUAUUUAAGUAAUUUUUUGUACAGAAACUUAUUUCUUUGUAAUUUUUAUCUGCAUUUUUUCAGAGGUGUGAGUGUAAAUGCUAAUGUAAGACCAAGGUAUAGUGUGAUAGUGAUUGAGACCAUUUAGUCAUAUUGUUUUAUUCACUCACACUAGUUGAUUACUGCUGGAAGAGUGAUUUAUAACAUUUGGCACGGUGCAACUGAAGCAUGUUUGUAUUUGGAGAUACACUGUGUUCAGUGCAAGGUGAUACCCAGGAUAUUUAGCUUUGUUUUGAAAUGUUUUUUACUGAUCUCUUAUAAGAGCUCAAGAAAUUUUAACUGUAGAGAUUUGUAGGCUAUUUUGAUUAGCAUAUUUGUUGUGGUAGAGAUGAUAAUGAUACUUUUUUUUUUUUCUUCUAAAUAUUUGUAAUUUAAAAUCUAAAUUUUAUACUUAAUUUUUACCACAUCAGCUAUUUACCACCUAAGUUGGGUGAUUUUUUUUUUUUAUUUAUUUUAGCUGUGCACAACUAGGAGGCACAUAAAUUUUAUAUCACUUCUGCAGUUGUAUACUGUAUUUGAUGCAUGUAACUAGUACAGUAUCCAAUGUUGAAAUUUAUUUAAUUCCAUUAGCAGCAUUUACAUAAUUACUGCCUGCUAGAGUAAAGUAUUGGUUUAAUUAAUGUGGCACAGUUGUGGGCUCUUAGAGACAAGACAGCCAUGGCAUUGAUAUUCUGAGCAGUGUACAAGGCAUGAGUUCUUGUGUGUAUUUGCAUGUUUGUAGAGGUUUUAAUUUUCAUCAUCAUCAUCAUCAUUAUUAUUAUUAUUAUUAUUACUAUUAGGCCUGUUGUAUACCAUAGCUCAGUAUGAUGUAUUUGAAAGGUUGAGCUUUGAUGUGUCCCUUAAAGAUUUUUUUAUUUUUUUUUUAUUUAAUGGCCAUUGGAGUUUGAGUUCUUUGUGUUCCUUUGUACUUCCAUCAUUCUUGGCAUAUUGAUAUAAUUACAUAAUUUAAAAAGUUGUGAAUCAAGCAUAUGAAACUUAUCUCUAAGAAUACAGCUGUUUCUUGACUUAUUAUAAACUGUUGGGUCAACUGGUGGGCAAGAAGUGUAUGGUGGACUGCAUAAGGUGCUACAUUACAUACUCUAUAUAUAUAAAAUUACUAAUUAGAUAAUAUAAGGAAUCCUUAUAAAAAAAAUUUUAACAGCAUAUUUUCCAGGCUUUGCAGCUGAUUGUGUCAUUAUUACAAUAAUUAUUGAUAACAUGAUACACAUAUGCAAACUCAUAGGAAUUACAGGACACACACAUGUAUUUGUGUAUAUAAAUAUGUAUGAAUGUGUGUAUGGUUGGCCUCGUCUGUUGUACAUAUUCGGGAUAUGACUUUUACGUGUAUCAGAUUUCUUAUUAUUUGAUCAGGUCUGGUCUUAAAUGGUAUCUUGAGAAUGUAAAUAACAAUGGAAGAAAUAAUUGAAGUUCAUUGGCACAGUAUUCUGCUUGCUCUAUUGAUGUGUUGCUGUACAUUUGUAUAAAUAUAUUCCUAAACUGGAGGGAUGAAGGUAAAAUUUACUGUUAGAUGUGAUGUAAUUUAUGUGGAUAUCCAUUGAUUUGAGGGGGAAAAACUAAUGUUUAGGUAUGAUAGGUAAUUUUAGACAGGGCAUCCUCAUUAUUACAAGCAAGACAUACACAUAAUUACCAUCUGUUUGGCUUUGAAACUCGACCCGUGAUUAGUCAUAUACAGUACUAAGCACUUUUUUCUUUUUUUACUUUAUGAAAACAGAAGACAUAAAUCAUUGGAUUAAUCUGUUAAGUACAUCAGAUUGUUACUCAGAUACUGGAUCCAAGUCAAGUAGGUUUUUUGUGCCAAAUAUUUAAAAUUCUUUUAGCAUAUUCCAUCACAGUUGUAAUUGACUUACCUGAAAGUGAUGAAUGCACCCAUCAUUUCCUCAAGUUCUUAAAUUCCCAAUUGUAAGCCCUUUAGCAUCAAGAAAUUUGUGUAGUAGAUCCUCAUGUUUUUUACACUGAUUUCAUUAAGAGAAUUUUGUUCACGUUGAUUUAAAAAUCUUAUAAUGAGUAAAAAAUGGAUUAUCCACCCAGUCAUUAUGUGAUAGGAAAAUGGUCUACUUACUGAAGCAUUAGCUCUAGUUUGUGAGAUGUUACAUGAAAAAAAGGUUCAAGAGAAUUAUGUGGUACAAUAAGUCUGCCCGAUUAAGCAACACUGAAACUAGUUUAGUUCUAGCAGAUAAAAGCUGUCUCCACCUGGGGGAGAUGUUGGCUGUUUUUUUCUAUCUACUUUCAUCUCUUUUUUCUAUUGUACAAAGUUUCUUUGAUAUUUUAAAUACAGUUCACUCUUUAAUGACCAAUCACAACCUAACUUUUAUUAACAACCAAAAAAAAAAAAAAAACACGUUCCCUCAUUGACCAACUUCCAAUCGUAAAAUGACCAAAUUAAAUAACUAAAUAAAUAACAAAAAGGCACUAUACCGUGACUGGAACGAUACACAAAUAACCCGCACAUAAAAGAGAGAAGCUUACGAUGACGUUUCAGUCCGACUUGGACCAUU